GGGCGGGCCGGGCGCGGGGAAGCACCUAAACAGAAAGCGGGAGUAUUGGGGGAGUUUCGGGAGGAAGUGGCAUGCAAACCGGACCCGAGGUUGGAGAGUUGAGUCUUGCUUGGCAGUCCGGCGCAUCCCUGAGAAUAGAGGCUUCUCCCGAAAAAGCCACACGUUCCUGCCCAAGAUCUUCUUCCGCAAAAUGUCAUCCUCAGGAGCCAAGGACAAGCCUGAGCUGCAGUUUCCCUUUCUGCAGGAUGAGGAGACUGUGGCCACACUGCAGGAGUGCAAGACCCUCUUCAUCCUGCGCGGCCUGCCAGGGAGCGGCAAGUCCACACUGGCACAGAUCAUCGUGGACAGGUACCGGGACGGCACCAAGAUGGUGUCUGCCGACGCUUACAAGAUUACCCCCGGCACUCGAGGAGCCUUCGUUAAGGAGUACAAGCAGCUGGACGAGGAACUGGCUGCCUACUGCCGCCGGGACAUCCGGGUUCUUGUGCUGGACGACACUAACCACGAGCGGGAGCGGCUGGAGCAGCUCUUUGAUAUGGCCGACCAGUACCAGUACCAAGUGGUGCUGGUGGAGCCCAAGACGGCGUGGCGGCUGGACUGUGCCCAGCUCAAGGAGAAGAACCAGUGGCAGCUGUCAGCCGAUGAGCUGAAGAAGCUGAAACCUGGGCUGGAGAAGGACUUCCUGCCACUCUACUUUGGCUGGUUCCUGACCAGGAAGAGUUCGGAGAACCUCCGCAAAGCUGGCCGGACCUUCCUGGAGGAGCUGGGGAACCACAAAGCCUUCAAGAAGGAGCUGCGACACUUUGUCUCUGGAGAUGAGCCCAGGGAGAAGAUUGAACUGGUCACCUACUUUGGGAAGAGACCCCCAGGUGUGCUGCACUGCACAACCAAAUUCUGUGACUACGGGAAGACUGCUGGGGCAGACGAGUACGCCCAGCAGGAUGUGGUGAAGAAAUCUUACUGCAAGGCCUUCACACUGACCAUCUCUGCCUUCUUUGUGACACCCAAGACAACUGGAGCCCAGGUGGAGCUGAGCGAGCAGGAGCUGCCACUGUGGCCAAAUGACGUGGACAAGCUGUCCCUCUCUGACAGCCUGCCCCGGGGGAGCCGCGCUCACAUCACCCUAGGCUGUGCGGGUGACGUGGAGGCUGUGCAGACAGGCAUUGACCUCCUAGAGAUUGUGCGGCAGGAGAAGGGGGGAAGUCGAGGUGAGGAGGUGGGUGAGCUCACUCGGGGCAAGCUCUACUCCUUGGGCAGUGGGCGCUGGAUGCUAAGCCUGGCCAAGAAGAUGGAGGUCAGGGCCAUCUUCACAGGAUACUAUGGCAAGGGCAAACCCGUGCCCACACACAGCAGCCGCAAGGGGGGUGCCCUGCAGUCCUGCACCAUCAUUUGAGAGUUCUCCCCACUGUAUGCCCCUCGCCCUUCUGAAGGGGAGGAGGAGAAAGGAGAGGGAAGCACACCCUCUGCUUGAUCGUUGUUUUUUUUUUACUCAAAUUUAACCUUCCUGUAACUAUAAAAAACAUGUAAGAUAACUGCUCUUUUCCUGCCCACCUUCUCCCCUCUAACACUUAAGCUCCCAACACAAGGCAGGUGGGUAGGCACCAUUCAGGAACCUGGGCCAAAGCUGGUGAGGCUGAGCUGAGCCAGGCCUGGAAACACAGCCACAAGCCAGGCCCUGCUGCCAGUUACUGGCUCCUGCCCCCAGCCCAGGCCCACUGCCCUGCCCAGAGCUGGCUGAUGUGGAGACACACCUCAGAGCUGCACACACCCACAGGGUGGUCCCCGUGGCCACGGAAAACUAGUGGUGGAUUUGAGAGGAGGGAUCCCUGGGCUUUAACCCCAUUUCUUAAUCAGUAUAGCCCCAGAAAGUUUAGGGCUAUUUACCAGGGUAGAAAAACGGGUUUACCUCCCACCUUUGGUCCUGCGUGCCUGUCCCUUCUCCAUUACACUACACUGUAACUAGGUAACAGUUUGGUAACUUUGGAAGAAAACAGUAAGCAGCAGCCAUGUCCCAGGAAGGGGACAGGCUGGCUCUCCUCAGCUGUGCGGCUCUGUGUGGAUGGGGAGACGGAGGCCAGACUCUGUGCUCUGCUGGGGAAGCUCCAGUCUUGCUGUCCACCCAGCCCAGCUUGCUUCCUUGGCGCCUCUGUACUGCCUCUAAAGGGAUUGGCAGGUAUGCAGAGCCAGUGGAGUGGACCCGUGGCUGUUAAGGGCCAAGCCCCACUGGGUGCUUCUAGGAAGGGGUUCUAACGUGGCUACCUGGGCUGUGGUUCCUGGGUGUCGUCUACUGUACCCUGCUCAGUAACAGGGCCUUGCUAAUGGGGUUGUCACUCAACAGAAGUGCUUGGGAUUUAGUUACUAUCCCGGCUUUGCCUGACCUCAGCAACUUGUAAGACUGAUAAUGAAAUAAACCAUGUUAAUCCUA